UUUCAUUGCGUGCGAUACACAAAACGGAUAAACAUUUGUGCGGUGCUAGUUACAAAAAUGUAUUGGCAGAAGUAUUGAAAAAUUCAUGAACUGUUACUUGAUUGUGAGAAACUAAUAUUGCGAGGUUAAAAUAAAUUACGAACGGAUUUCGUUAUAAUAAAUAUUUGUAUAAACAAAUGUAGGAACAGUCUGCAAGUGCACGGUGGUCGAUGCCUGCUUAAGUACUUUGUGUGAGCGAGUUGUCUUCUGUGCGAGCUUAGCAAGCGUAGACGCGAAAAUUGCUGUUGCUGCUAAACUUCAAAUACGUGUCGGUAUCGGCAAUCUUAAUGCUAUUUUUGCACAGAUUAGUGAAUGUAUGCACGUUCAUGCAUGCUUACCUACGUACGCGGCAUAAUUUUGUAUAAUUUUAAUGAUUGUUACAUAGCUUGUAAACUGCUGAAGGAAAGAAAAAUUGCUUCAUAAUUCGAAACAAUUCUUACCAAAAAAAAAAAACGAGCUUCGCCAAAAAUAAACCAAUAAAAAUCAAUUUGCGCAGAGCCCCUAAGUCCACUAAAAACAUUAUUUAUAGUAGCGGAUAUCCUUUUAUUUGUGAAACUUUGUGACGCAUAUUGCGAAAUGUCGCGCUCGCCGACGGCAAAUAGUGAGCAUCUGCUGUAAAAAUGUCUAAAUGCGGUGUUCAAUGCUGAGCUGCUAGGUUGGUUGCGCAAGAAGGAAUUAAGCAAUUAUUCGUAAAUCACCGGCUAUGUGAAUUUCAUGCAAAAAUUAAUGAAAAUAGUUACACAUUUUAAUGCAAAAAGAGUAAUAAAAGACAAAAGGCCUUAAAGCCAAAUAAAAAAAGUACUCAAUCCAUCCAUACGCUUAGCCGAAACUAUCUGCAGUAAGACAGCUGCUAAUAACGGCACAGUUUAAUAAAAACCUUUCUAUCCAAACAGUGAAAAAUAUAUAAAUUUUAUAUGAAAACUAAAAUCGGUUGUAAACUAACGAACAAAAUUUUACUACAAAUUAUUUCGCACAAAACCAAAUGCCUUUCGUAUCAUGAAAACUUUUCAAAUAAAAGACGUAGUGAAAUCUUAAUAGCGCAUCAUAAUAAAAAUCUGAUUAAGUGAAAGGGCCUUCUCGCUACUUUUAUUUAAAGCAUACAAAUUCAAUCACAGAAACAUUCCCCAAGCGUAUCUAAAAUUUGCACAAUGGCUCCAGCAUGGCAAGCUACUCGAAAGCAAAUUUAAAGAACAUUGAAAGUGCUGGCUUUCAUUCAAGUGGUUUUAGAACUUUCACCGAAUUCAAAGCCAAAGUUUCCGACCACUUUCAAAACCAAUAUAAAAACAUGAACGACAGAUUUAAAGUCGACUCAGAAACCAAUGAGAACUCGUUUAAUCGCACCUGCCAAGCAUCUAGUGGAAUCAACGAAAAUCAUUUGAAUUCGCCGUAUUCCAAAGCAUAUCCCGAAGAGCUCGUCAUCAAUAGCGCCGCCUACAUUUCCCACAGUCCACACAACGCAGUCGAUCCACCGCUGCAACACAGUCUGAGUGUCAUGCCGCCCUACCGCUAUGGCAGCAGUGAGUCAUCGGCAUCUUUAUCCCUGUUGCCACUCAGUCGACGGCGUUGGUUCCAGCGCCAGACUUGCUUACUGUGCAUAAUGGUUGCUUUUAUGUUCGGUCUACUGCUGGGUGUCUUCGCUCCAAUGCUUGAUCUACGUGUUGUGUUUGCAAAUUUGUCAACCGCGCAAAAAGCUGCACCAGCAGCGAUUACGCCUCCAACUUCCGAUAGCCGCCUAGCGCCGAGCGUAACUGAUUUAGUUUGGAAACCUCUGCAAUACGACAAUCCACAGAGAAAUCGUACACCGGCAACAGCAACCGGAGAUCUUAGCAAUGUACCACUUAGCCCGUUCUCGGUAGCCUUCAUCAACGAACAUCAUGCGCGAAUCGAUGCUGAAGAAAUAUUGAGCGACAGCGUGCCAAAUCCUGCAUACGUAGGAUACGAUGUUGCGCCUAACGAGGACUAUCGUGCACAGCGCAAAGUGGAAAAGCCAUUAGCGCGCACAGCAGAGAGACGUGUCUCGAAAAUGUUGCACGAGGAUCGGGAACCGCUUAGACUGCAAGCAAGCCAUGCCGGCGCUGCAUUAACAAAUAUUAUACUACAGCGCCCCACAGUGCAGAAGCUACCUAAGACUGAGCCCCGUUUGCCGGGUAUCAUAAACGCCAACAUCUAUUGGGGUGAGCUGGUAGAACGCGCACUGCCCAAAGGCUUUGGCGCAGAAGAUACACGUGAUUGGAAUGCCUAUGUGGCGUCACAAACAGUAGUACAGCGUCUUGAAUCGGGCUGUGGACGCAUGCAAAAUCGUCUUGUGGUAUUUAGCGAUGGCACGCGUGCCUGUGCGCGCUACCGCCAAAACACAGAUCAAAUACAAGGCGAACUCUUCUCCUUCUAUUUGGGACGCUUGCUGAAUAUGACUAAUCUUGCGCCGAGCGCUGUGCUAACUGUAAAUGUGGAGUCUGAGAAAUGGUCGGAGGUGGUGCGCGACAUAACACAAGCGCAAUGGAAACAGCAACGUCCCGUGGUCUUGACGCGUUGGCUGCCUAAUCUCGAACCCGCCGGUAUACCACAACCAUUUCAACCGCUCGACCGACAUUUAAACAAACAUGAUGUAUGGAAUAUUACACUCACCUUGACGUCUGUAAAUGUUGAUAAUAAAGCUCUGCCUUUGGUGUCCAGUUUAUCAGAUGGCACACAGCACACAUACAAUACGUUGGAUUCUGGCAACGCUGCACUUCAAGAACAAAACUCUUCAGGAUAUAUUAGCUCAACAUCAAAUGACUUAGACUCUUCUCCAGAUAUAACAAUUACGCCCACCUCACUCGCACUUGAACGCUUGGUUGAACUCGCUCAAUGGUCGGAUUUGAUUAUUUUCGACUACUUGAUAGCGAACCUCGAUCGUGUCGUCAACAAUCUCUACAACUAUCAAUGGAAUGCGGAAAUUAUGGCGGCACCUGCGCACAAUUUAGCACGCCAAUCUAAUUCGGACUUACUGAUUUUUCUGGAUAACGAAUCUGGUUUGCUGCACGGCUAUAGGCUGCUCAAGAAAUACGAAGCCUACCAUGGGCUCUUGCUGAACAAUUUGUGUGUUUUUCGCAAGCCCACCAUACGCGCCUUGCGACAGCUACGUGAGGCGGGUGCGGGGCGAAAGCUACGACAGCUUUUCGAGCAAACGGCAAGUGAAGAGGUGCGAGAUGUACUGCCCACUUUGCCGGACAAAUCAAUUAAGAUACUCAUCGAUCGCAUUGAUCGGGUGCUCGAACAAGUGGAUAAAUGCAAACAAUUGAUGGACGAUAGAUAGUGAUUUCUGCAACUAAAUUGUACCAAUAUUGCGCGGGGAAGCAAAGGGAGGAGUGACUUAAGAAUGUUAAAAGAAAAUGGGUAGAAAACUUAAAUGAUUUUUGAGGUGCUCUAUGUAAAAAUUAAAAUAGGCGACCAAGCGAGUCAACGAGGUGGAAAAGUCAUUGUAAAGUCAUAACUUUUAGUUUCUGCAUGUGAUGUGAUUGCAAUGCAUUUCGAAGUCCAGUCCAAAAGACAUAUGCAAAUCAGACUGAUAAGAGGUUAAAUUGUACAGUAAAUAUGUAAGUUCAGUGUAUAAUAGCGUUUGUAUAAAAUAACUACUAAUAACUACUAAGCUUUAAGGUAUACGAGAGGUACAUGGUUCUAAUUUCACUUUAUGCCACUUUACUUUCUCAAUUUCCACCCACAUUUUUGUAAUUACCUCGCAAUGGAGCAAAUUCCUGGAACUCCUAAUGUCAGGCUUGUAAUUUAUGAAUAGUGAUAAUUUCAAAAAAUUUACUGACGUAUUCCAAUUUGAAAUAAGUAAAGGAAAUAAAUAGUUAAACCUAAAGCACUAAGUCCAUAAAUGUAUUUCAUGCUAAAUCCGAAGUACGAAAUAUUAUCAUACCGUAGAAACUCGAUUCUUCCACAUAAUGAAAACCGGGCUCGGUGCAAAUUUUGAGAUUGUCGCAAGUACUCAGGUUUUUUUCCAUACAAAUUAAAACGGUUUUUUUUUACUAAUAGCAAUCCAAGUUUAUUUGUUUUUAUUAUAUUAAUUGAAUACACUUUCAAGUGAUAAGUUUCUCUAGAGAUUAAGAAAAUUUUUUUUUUUUUUUUUGGUUUUUUAAAGCUCGCUUGUUCAGUACGACACCUUUUCUGAGCCUCUGCAGCGUCAUAACAUCGUUUAAGCAAGUAUUGCUUUGCUCUGCCCAAUCCAAAUAUAUAUUGAAUGCUGAUAUUGCCUCUUCCGAUUUAAUUUUAUUCGUAUUUAGCAUCACGUCGUUAGUUCCUUCAUCGACUGUUUCGUCGUCUCCAUUACAGUAUAUCUCUUUUAAAGCUGUGUGUUCCGAAUGAGGUUCAAUAAUUCCUUGCUUGCUUUCAGAUUGGGAGACUUAUUUAUUUAAGCAAUUUUUGAUUAAAACGGGCGGGAUUCUUUAUUUGGACAAUAAACGAGCAUACCGCUGGAACAAGUGUUCUGUGAAACCAUUCUUCAAAUAAUGUUAAGGUCAUCCCAAUAACCAUGAUUUUUACUUUAUAAUUUCCAGCAGCAUUACAAGCAAGGGGGCUUUACUGAUUUUAUGCCCCGGCACCGAGGUUUCAUUUGAGCCUACAAGAGUUUUAUAGGCUAAGGGCUACCAAAAUAAGGCAGACUCAUCGGCAUUGUGCAUCUGCUAUUUUGUCAAAUUUAAUUCAUAAUUGUUUUGUUAAAUUUGUCCAAAAAUAUUGCUCUUAUUUGAUCAUUUUUCUCUUUUUACUACCUCUUUUUAAUGUUUGCAACCCAAUCUUUGCUAGCGUGGAAGCAUCCAGACUUUUCCUCAGUUUUGGCAUGUAAUAACUUGGCUUUCUCUUUUAUCAUAUCACUUUUGAACCAAUUGAGCAACGCCUUUUCCAUUUUUGAAAACUCGCAAAUCUUAAGAGUUUCCUUUUACCUGGACCGGAUUCAGAUCGCGUAACAAACUUCUUUAUAGACAGUUCAUUUUUUUAAUUUGAGUUAUUGCGGCUCAUUAUGAGACCACUCCAUACAAAAAUUAACGCAAAACGGUAAUUUCGUCAGUAAAUUAAUUAGACGGCACUUCCCUAAAUUCAUUCAGCUGAUUCAAUUCAAAAAAUGUCAUUACCAGAAGGACAUCGACGGCACUUCCCCGAGUUUAUUCUCAACGUAAUACAACAUAAAAAGAGCAAAAUCGAAAGACAAAACAAAAAAUGUUGCAAGUACUGAGUACGCAAUCAAAAUAAUAAUUGUCUCGCAAGUAUCGAGGUGUGCAGGCAUCAAGUUUCUACUGUAUGUCUAUUGAUAAACUGGACAUGCAAUCAUUUCGCUUUUUUAUCUUUAAAGUCAGGAGUAAUUCGCUUUAUCAAUAUUUAUCUGACAAAUCACUUCUGUAAAUAUUUUAAAUUAAGUUACAUUUUUAAUAAUAAUAAAUAAGUUGUGUAAUCAGGGUUUCACUAACAAUCAAUCAAGCAAUUUGUAAUACCUACGUGCGUAUUUAAAAUCACACCUAAGUAUUUAAAUAAUUAUAUUUAGUUUAAGAAAUCUUCUGAGAGCUCAAUACGCACAGUUAAAUGGUGACUAUUAGUAAAUAGUUAAUUUCUAAAAACUUCCCACUUGGCUGCGCGCAACUUUAGCAUCGCUUAAUUUUAUGGCGUAAUUUACAAUCAGUUGAGGAAGUUUAUUCUAGGCAGACAAUUCCAAAGAGGAUUUUAUAAACCAAUCGGGAGGCGAUUUUAUUUUUCACUUUUCUUCACAGCUAUAGUGUUUUCUUUUCUUGGAACUCCGUCUCAUUAUAUGACAAAAUUAGAAAAAAAUUGCCAUAUGACCCGCGGAAAAUGUUGAGUAUUUCAUAUGAGAAUUCUUCUUCUUCUUAAUUGGCGCGAUAACCGCUUACGCGAUUUUGGCCGAGUUUAACAAAGCGCGCCAGUCGUUUCUUUCUCGUGCUAACCGGCGCCAAUUGGACACACCAAGUGAAGCCAAGUCCUUCUCCACCUGAUCUUUCCAACGCAGAGGAGGCCUUCCUCUUCCUCUACUACCACCAGCUGGUACCGCAUCGAAUACUUUCAAAGCCGGAGCGUUUGUAUCCAUUCGGACGACAUGACUCAGCCAACGAAGCCGCUGGAUCUUUAUUCGCUGCGCUAUGUCUAUGUCGUCGUAAAGCUCAUACAGCUCAUCGUUCCAUCGUCUGCGAUAUUCGCCGUUGCCAACGUGCAAAGGUCCAAAAAUCUUACGCAGAAUCUUUCUCUCGAACACUC